AUAGGGAAUGCCCGUUAGUUGCGUCUGCCGAUAAUAGCACAUCAGCCAGUGCGCUGUUAUUGGGGGGAGCAGAGCACAGGCAGCGCAGAGAACUGAGUCGCUGAGCGCAGAAUGGUACACUAGAGAAGACAAUCAGACAGAGACAGAGAGAGAAAAAGCACGUGAAGAGAAAGCGCAUCUGCACAUGUAGAGAAGAAGAGGACUGAGUAGGAGCAGGGCAGUAGAGAGAGGACAGGAGAAGAGGAGGACAAAAGUUACACGGUCAGCAAGAGAUCGUAGAGCAGCUGAGACUCACUUGGGUCUCAGUCCCACUGGAGGAGCUAAGUACAUCAAUGAGCAGAGCAGGAGGAGAGUGAUAUUACAGGAGGAAGGCUGUAACUUCUUCUGAGCAAUACAGUCCUGUCAUAAGCAAGGAUAAUGCCCCUAACAGGACUCUACUGCACAGCUUACUUCAGGAUUAUCACAGGAAGACAGCAGGUUUAAGCAGAGGACUCGUACUGUAAACCUGCCCAAAGUGUCUGUGCUCACAUUCAACUCAUUUCUGCACAGGAGACCUUCUGGAAGUGGAUGAAGUUGUGUACCUGUGUGCCUUUGUCAUUUUUUCUUUAAAAGUGUGAAGCAGUGGAGGUUCAUAGGGCAAGUUGUUCUGUCCUGUUAUCUCUGGGACUAUGUUAGACUGUGCAUCAGAGAAGCCCUCAUCAGCAGCAGUAGGUCUAGAGCAUGGAGAAGUCCAGCAGUGAGGAGUCAGCCAUUCACCGUAGUCCAUCAGUAGACAGCCGUGAUUCUGAUUUUCCUCAAGCCUCCACGUCUGGCCGCCCAUUUGGCAGCCGCGGCUUUACUGCCGGCGCUUUCUACGGCUCCACGGGGCCGCGCAAAAACGCACAGCAGGGACAGGCUGGAGAGGCAGCUGACGCCGGCGCAGGAGACAAGUCCAACAACAAGUACAGCUCGCCCAAAGGCAGCAAAUACGUAGUGUUUUACCUGGAUCUAUCCUUUGUGUUCCUUUUAGAAUUCAAGAAGUGCAACAUGGCGCGAGGUUGCUUGUGCUGCUUGAAGUAUUUGAUGUUCAUCUUCAAUCUCAUCUUCUGGUUAUGUGGCUGUGGGCUGCUUGGCGUGGGUAUCUGGCUCUCUGUGUCACAGGGCAGUUUUGCCACGUUCUCACCUUCAUUCCCUUCACUGUCAGCUGCCAACAUGGUCAUUGCCAUCGGCUCAAUCGUCAUGGUAACGGGCUUUCUUGGUUGUCUGGGUGCCAUCAAGGAGAACAAGUGCCUGCUUCUAAGUUUCUUCAUUGUACUGCUGAUAAUUCUUCUGGCAGAGCUUAUACUGCUCAUCCUCUUCUUUGUGUACUCUGAUAAGGUGAGUGAGAACGCUAAGCAGGACCUGAAGGAUGGGCUUGCUCUUUACAACUCAGAAAACAACAUAGGCCUUCGAAAUGCAUGGAACAUCAUACAGGCAGAGUGGAAGUGCUGUGGUGUAAUAGCAUAUACAGACUGGCAUGAGACCCUGAAGGAGAAAGUAGUUCCUGAUCGCUGCUGUCAGGAGCAUUACCAAAACUGUGGCCGUAACUCUACCAACAUGUUCUGGAACAGGGGCUGCUUUGAGAAAGUGGAGGAAUGGCUGGAUGAAAACAAGCAUCUGCUGGGAACCAUAGGCAUGGUCAUCCUGGUAGUCCAGCUCCUGGGUAUGGCGUUUUCCAUGACGCUGUUCCAUCACAUCCACAGAACAGGAAAGAAGUACGACGCCUAACUUCGGGUAGAGAAGCCCCACUGCCUGAUGGGAUGAGACUCUGAUUAAAACAUCCACGCUCUUCUUCCCACUUUACAUCUUCUGUAAAGCAUCCUCCGACCCCUUUUCUAUGCCUGUACAGAUUCCAGAUGUGUCCCUGCACCUUUCCUGCUCUCUCCUUCCAUCAUUCCUUUUGCCAAAGAGUAACACAACUGGAACUGAAGGAACUGAAGGGACACCUACUUUACAAGGAAGAGAAAAACAUUGUUUAUGAAUAAAAUAUACUUUGUUAAUUUUUCUCAUCUUUUUUUUUUUGCUUGGACUAACAAUUUGCUCGGAAGGAAAGUUAGAUUUUGACACCAUGAAGCCCAUAGAGCAUCUCCAAGGCAAAGAAAACCCAUGAAACUGAAACUACUCUCCUCAAUUCUGGAGGUUUUUUUUCCACGCAAAGCCCCAGUUUUCCCUUGUAAAUGGACACAAACCCAAUACAGCAUGCUAGUUUUUUACUUCACUGGCUCACCUGCCUCUGAAAUUCAGUUUUCAACUUAGAUCUUUAUGAAAUGUAUCUGCGCUCCUGUAGAAUGUAAGUAUUGAGUAGUUCAGCACAGUGAUCUGGUAGAUGCGUGUGUGUCUGGUUGGAUUGUAAAGGGGAACAGACAUGUCCGAAUGGUUUGUGUUGUAAUUCAUUACUUAUUUUUACUGAGCUGUAGAGAUUUUGGAAAAGGGAAAGUGUUGGAAUGUGAGCAGGAGGAAUUAUCAGUGGAUUUAUUUCACAUAGAAUUCUGCUAAAUCCACUGGGUAAUAAACUUUAAUUCACAAAUCUGCCCAUGAACAUACAUUGGCGUGUUCAGAUUCCCAUUGUAAGGCAACAUUCAUGGUGUUAAACUGUUGUUUAUUAGUGUUCUAUGAACCCUGUCGGUCUGAAGGGAUCCGGGUGAUAAAGUUCUGGACUGUGUUUGUGUGUUUAGCUCUGUGUCUUUGUUUCAUCAAUCAGUCCAAAUUCAGAGGAGGUAAAAAAAAUGUGCCCAGAGCGAGGAAAGGCUAACAGCAGACAUGUUUUCUCACUGCUGCAGCCAUCAAUUGUGCUGGCAGGAAGACACUAGAGGCUUUCUCUCUAAGCUCUCAUCCAUUCAGUCGGCCUGAACUCAGCCCUGCCUCCAUUUUUCUGUUUACAUCAUGAUUCUCUUCCUAUAUGUCAGGAAGCCAUGGAUUUGACGUUCCUGCUCAUUACUCAGUCACACCUCUGGUUUGCAACUUCACAUUUUUCAUGUAAGCUUACUUUUCAUGCAGCCUAAAGAGGAAUGGGGUGUGCAGGGGGCAGAUCAAAGCCCGGGCGGAUAAAUAUGGCAACAUGCCCGGUAGGACACGUAUGUUUAUAUCUGCUUACGCAUUGAUGCACCGCAGGAAGCUCAGGCAUCAGUCUGCGUCCUGUAGACCAAAAAUACUCUUCAUCUGCUGGUGACUUGAGGAGAAUGCCCCCCAGUUUGUCUGCUCAAAAUCUCAUAAGGUAUAAAGAGGUGUGAAGAACUUCCUUUAUUGGAAGGGGAUGGUUUUAGCUUCGGCUGUCAGGCUUAGGUUAUUCAGUUUUUGUGACAUCUCCAAGAUAAAUUGUUUUGACAUCUGAAAAGAUGGAAAAGAAACACCAAAUGAAGAGACAAGUUGCAAAAACAAGCCCCAGAGCAUACCCAGAUUUACUGCAAGCAUACUCAGUUUAUAAAAGGUAGAAUGAGGGUGUAUUCACACCUGCCAUGUUUGGUCCACUUUACACAAAUUGUGUUUGGUGAGGACCCUGGUCCAGAUUUUCCUGGUGUAAAUACACGCUAAGAAUUUACAUUAUAGCGGGUCAACACAUCCGCACAAAGUGACAUAGGUCAGCGCUAAAUUAGAUGGUUGGUUUAUGUGUGCUGACAGUUUGAUUAAGUGGGUGGAGAUUAAAACGGGAAAUUCAAAUUUACCUGAAAAUAUACACCACCUGGCCAAUUUUCAUAUAUAUAUGUAUAUAUAUCUAUAUAUAUAUAUAUAUAUAUCUUGCGUAACACAAGCAACGUUAUGCAAGAAUGAAAUACCUUCAUACCCUCUGUGCUUUUUCCUUUCCAGCCUCUGCAGCAUCGUCUUUAUGGUUUUCUGCUGCUGCAGCGCUUUCCUUUUUUUUGCAACACAUCAUUGUAUCUCUUAUUAUAGUUAGUGGCUAGGUUUUUUAGAAAUCUACCCAUUUGUAUUGUUUGCACUGUAAACACUAGCUACGCAGAAUGACCUCGAGACAGCAGUCUUUCUUGAUUGGUGGCAUUAUGUUUCCUUUUAAUUCAGAGCAACUAUUCAGCUAAAGCCUGAGCAUGCAGUGAAUGAUAGAAACUGGAUGCCAGUAGUGCAGCCAGCUGAAUAAAUAACAUUUAUAAUCCAGUCUAGUUCUCCCUCACAGGCCUGCUAUUCACCUGUUCAAAAGGACUUUUUCUGGAAGUAGAGGGUUUGCUGAGGUCCUGGAUUCACAGCUUUUACUUCCAAAGCAAUCACUAAUUAUUGCUAUUAGAGACACACAAUGCUUAAAGUAGCUGUAAUCUACAUCAAGUACAAAACGUUGCAUGAAGUGUUUUUUUUUUUUUUUGGCUUAAAUUGAAGCCAAAACGGUGUAUAUUUUUACAACAUGGUUUAACAAAGAAAGAAGCAAAAUAUUAUAGAUUAUUCAAGUCUGGCAGAUUGCUUGCCUCAUGUCUUAUACAGGGGUCAUUCCUGAUGCGUUUUAAUUAGUUUCAUGGCUACUUUAUCUGAACGACAGGCUAUAGAUUGCAGUUGCGGGUGUUGGUUUAUUCUGCAGAUUCAAAUCAUUAUGUGCAGCCUGAAAUAUACUGUGUGCCGUUCUUAGCUAUGGCUCUUCUUAUUGUGUCCAUCGGGUUAACAUGACAGCUGCCGUUGUACAGUGCAUGCACGCGCUGUUGCCCACCCCCCUCCCCUUGGCUGCCUCCACAAAUAACACAUAACUCUGUUCUCCCUUAUUUACAGCCUUGCUCUGCAGAUGCCUGGCUCCACAUACAUGCGCUGCAGAGACAGCUUGGCUCUUUGCAAAGAAGCACCUGUGGUGUAUAUUCUGCACUCAGGAGGAGUUACUGCCUGCACUGUAUUCCUGACAGAAAGCUGAGGAGAAAAUCUAGGUGAAUAUUUCACUGUGCUGCUUUAUCUCACUUUAAAUAGAAAGGUCUUUAAACAGAUGGCAUAGAAAACACAAGGAACCAAAACGCUGGAAAUAAAAGUCUCCAAAUCUGAUGUUGCAGUUCAGAGCUCAGCCUGCAGAGUCUGUAACGCUUCGCUGCUGACUCAUCUGACUAUACAGAGAUUCUGUGUGAACUCUGUUUCAACCCUGCCACCAUCACUUAGUUUUUAUGCUUUUGUCAGCAUAUGAGUUGCUCAGUGUUUUUCUUUUUUUAAACGCAAAGCCAAAUGACAUUUCAACAAAAUCUGUCCAGUGAUGUUAUUUUUGUAUAUUGGUUGUUGUUGUCUUAAUGUUUGUUUUCUACUGUUGCUUUUCUUGUGGUGUAGGCAGUUUUUGUUGGCUUUUUGUUUCCAGUUAUGACAGAUGCUCCACUGACUCUCAUUGUACACAGAUGACACCAUUAAAUAUUUUUUCACAGGGGAUUAGUCUUGGCAGCGCUUCUCUGCAAGGUGCAAAAAUGUAUUUUUUGUCUUAAUACUGCUACAACCACAUAGAUUCAGAAUGAAUGAAGGGAAAAUUUAGCAAAUAAACUAUAUUGCCAAAAGUAUUCACUGGUUUCCCUUCACACAGUUUGGAAUCUGAGUGACAUAUGUGUUUUAUGUACAUUAUCAUAUGACAGCAAUCUAUCUUUGAAGCUAUAACUGCUCCAGGUCUUCUGAGAAGUGCAAUUUGCUGCACUCACAAAUUUUCCAAAAGCACAUUUGUGAGCAGAACUCCCAAAGGAGUUCUGUUGGACUGGGAUCAGGUCUCUGUGCAGGCCAGGCCACUUUCACAUUCGCAUCUCUAAAGACCUUGCUUCAUGCAUUGGUCCAGAGUAGAUUAGGGAUUGGAGGCAGCCAUCCCCAAACUGUUCCCACAAAGCUGGGAGCAUGAAAGGUGUGGGUUUGUUGAAAAAUGAAGACUUUCACUGGAACUAGGGAACCAAACCCGUCUCCUGAAAAACAGGUUCACACUAUAAUCCUCCCUCCUUCAAACUUUACACUUAACACAGUAAUGUCAGGCAGGUGCUGUUCUCCUAACAACAACCAAACCCAGACUCAUCCAUUGGCUUGCCAGGCAGAGAAACAUGAUUCGUUACUCCAGAGAAAACAUCUCUGGUGUUCAGGAGUCCAGUGGCAGCAUGCUUUAUAUCACUGCAUCCAACGCUUUUCAUUGCACUUUGUGAGGCUUUGAUGCAGCAGCCAUAGAAAGUCAUUCCAUAAGGCUUUCUACUCACUGUUAUUGAGCUAAUCUGAAGGAAACAUGGAGUAUAAAGCUCUUCAUCUAUUGACUCUGUAGAAAGUUAGCGACCUAUACACACUCUGCACCUCAUCAUCAAGUAAUCCAGCUUGGUGAUUUAACACAGCAUAGUACUCUGUGACUGAGUUCCUCUCAUUCCCAUUUGCUUCCACUUCGCUAUAAUAUUGCUAACAGUUGGCUGUGGAAAAUAAAUAUUUUUCAUAAAUGUUUGUAGAAGCAGUCAUAUCCCUAAGUGCUGGAUUUUAUACACGUGUGGCCAUUAGAGUGGUUGGAACACCUGAAUUCAAUAAUUUGAAUAGGUGAGCGAAAACUCUUGAUAAUAUAGUGUAUCACUGGGUGACACACCACCCGGACCUUUAGGUUCUGGUUUAAAUAAAUUAGAUGUGCAGUUAUAAUCUGCGGUGUGUCUUUUAACUGUUCAUGUCAGGCCCGUUGUGUGUUUCUAGAGCAUGUGACACUGUAUCACUGAGCUCAUGUCACUCUAGUAUAUCAGCCCAGUGUUGGCCCCAUGUGUGUAUGUAAUUGUAUUUGCUUAUUUUACAACUGAUGCAAGACAGUGUUUGCUUCAACACAAAUGGAUAUAUUUACACUGACAGUUCAAUUUUUUAACAAAUGAUGUGCUUUCAUGCUUACUUAGACAUAUCUUCUUGUACUGUGUGUCUGUUUUUCUUGUUUGCUGUUUUUCCUUCACUUGCAGUGUAAAUUUUAUUUAAAUAUAUGUUUUCAUCAGUAAGCUUUUUAUGUCUUGUUCGAUUGGAUUUUGAUCUUGUAGUAAGUUUUUUUUUUUUAUUUCAGAAGAAGCAUAAGAUAUUCUUUCUCAUCCCUGAGUAAGUCACAGAGAUGCUAAGGACAAAAUGCAUCUGGGUUUGCGUGGCUGUGAGGGACUUUGAGCAGUUCCUAGUUAUCUGAAUCACUCUAUUUUAUUACUACCUUCUGCAUAUUAUUUGUGUAAUGUGCACCGAAUCCGUCUCCUGCGUUGAAGCCGAAUCUUUGAGAGGUGGAAAUGAUGCUCUACAGCAGAAACAGCGUGUUUGAUGUUGUGCUCUGCUUGGCGGCAUUGCCUGAUGCCUGCCAGCAUCGUCCUGUGACUUCCUGCAACAAAUCUACACUAUCCGAGGUGGGGCACUUAACUGCUCUUUUUUCUUCAAAUCAACUAUUUUUUAAAUAAAGGAAAGUGUGUCACUAAA